AAAUAUUGUUUUAAAAUCAGAAAUUUAUGCUCUUUCUAAAUCUAGAUUCAAAAUUUUUAUUGGAUUCAUAUUUUUAGAGUUAUGAGCAAAUCUUUAAAAGAUAUAAAAAUAAAAUUUGAACGAAGACAAUGGCAACUAAAAGCUUCAAAGAUAGAAAAUGUGACCAUAUCCCAUUUGAAAUUAUUUCCAUGAUGUUUUUCAGCAAUUUUUCUUUGUAAUUUCGUAUUUCUAACGUAGAGAUGUCCGAUUUUGUUUAACUCUCAUUUCAUUUCAUUUGAUCGCAUCAUGUUUUGGAUCAGUACCUAGAGAACAAACGUUCUUCUAUAUCUUCUGCCGACUAUCUCAAUCAGUCGAAAAAUGAAGAAAGAUUUUGUUGCAACUCUUGCGGUCCAUUCAUUAUAUAAUAGAUGAUACAAGCUAAAAAAAUACCACUACAAGGAUCUAUAUGAAAUAUUGAUGAUGAAUAGCGAAAAUUCAUUUCUACGUAUAGAAAAUUGAAAGAAUAGAAUUUCUAGUUUCGACUAGAAAUGAUUAAGAAACUAAUUUUAUCUAAAAAAUUUUUCUAAUGGAAAUAAAUUUUUCUCAUUCGUUCCAAAUCUAAAACUAUACUCCAUCAUUUCUAUAUACCUGUUAAAUUAAAAUCAAUUAUCUACGCUUAUUUUUUAAAGUGUCAAAUUAAGUUUCCGUGAAAUUUUUCUCAUUGUUACUUCAUUUGAACUUUCAGGAAAUAGUAAGUUCCUAUUUCCCGAACAAAAGCAAAUCAGAUGUUAAAGAUUAAUUUUUCUGCUACAAUAGAAGUAGAAUUAUAGUAUUCAACAUCUCGUCAUAUUAUGCAUAUUGAAUAUAAAUACAUAACUAUACUUGAACUCAUAUCAAAAAUAUAAAAUGUUUCAUUUGUUUUUUAUCUAGAUUAUAACUUAGAGAAUUUUUCAAUCUAUUUUCUAAAAGUAGACAUACAAUACAUCAAAAGACUUGAUGUUCAAAAUAGAGAACAUCACAGGAUGGUUUGCUUCGUUCUGCUCUGCAUUCUACAGAACAUCACCAUUCAGUUAUCCUGUUUUGCAGAAAGUCGUGUGAUAUAGACACAUCUUAAGGUGACCUGUGCAUGUUAAGCACAUGGAAAAGAUAAUUUGACUUGCAAUGUUAUCAAUAUGACUUGAAGAUAAACGUUUUCGUCUCCGAGUAAAUGGCAAUGGUAUAUAGUGCCUGUCAGGUCUAAAAUCUUGGGACAUGGACCCAAAUCUGAUCGGACUAUACUUUGAUAUUUUUAAUAAAAUUUUCUAAUCGGAAUUGGAUAGUCAAUAUUGAUUUGUUAGCAACAUUCAGCACAAUAACACUUUUGUAUUUCUAUUUUAUAUAUUAAUGUUGUUUAGAAAUUCGGUUAGAAAAUGUCAAAACUUGGAUUAACUGAUUACUUUCAUUUUAUUUUUGUUGCCAAACGGAUGCUAGUUCUUAAAAAAGAAUGUAGAAAUUAACUAUCUGAAACAAUGAAAAAUAUUCGGUUGUUCUUUUCUUUUUAAAUACUUUUAGUUAUAUCAAAUUAUCAAGUCCUAAAUUAAAUAAUGUAAUGGUUAUUGGUGCAAUGCAUAUUCAUAUAGCUAUACUUCUUUUUGGUUUUGAUCAAUGGUUUCUUGAACAUAAUAUCCUUGGACAUGCAUGCAUAUUGCGUAUAUUUCUUUUUUCCGGUGGAUUUUCAUUAACAUUUGGUUCAAUGUUUUUAAAAACUUUACGAGUUUAUCGUAUAUUUACAUCUCAUGAUCGACCAUUACUUCAAUCAAAACUUCUACAAGAUUAUUAUCUAUUACUUAUAUGUUUACAUAUCUAUGGUAUUGAUGUUAUUUGUACAAUUGUUUGGCAAUUUCUUGAUCCACAUGUCAUAGAAUUUACUUAUGGAUCGAUUCGACGCCUUGAUGUGGAUACAGUUGUUUCUGAUGAAAUCUAUCAUUGUAAUUCAAAAUAUCGUCAAAAAAUUUUACCAUUCAUUUAUUUCUAUAAAUCUUUAUUUCUUAUUGUUGGUGGUUAUUUAGCUGCUAAAACUCGUCAUGUUCAUAUAUCAGCAUUAAAUGAUUCAAAAUAUAUUGUUUGGAGUAUAUAUAUUGUUGUAUUAACUAGUUUAUUUACUGUUAUUGUAAUGAUAUCAAUAAAAAAUCUACGUUCAUAUAUUGUUUUAUGCUUUGUUGUUAUUAUAAUGACAAGUGUUAUUAUGUGUCUGGUCUUUUUACCUAAAGUUUUAAAAUUAAAAAGACGAUAUCGACAAGAUGUUGUUUCAAAAGAAUUAUAUAUGGAUGAUUCACGUACAAGACGUUUAGUUGUUGAAAUAAGUUAUUUUGAAGCAUAUCGUUAUGCACAAUUACAAAAUCGAGAACUUAAAACAGAACUUGUUCGACUCAAUCAUACUUUAAGCAAUCUUCAACAAACAUUUGAUUCAGCAUCUUCGAAUGUAACUAUGGCACUUCUUCCAUUAGCUGUUCAUUUAGCAUCAACACUUUUACAAAAACCAGAUAUGCAAACAUCAAAUUCUCAUUUAAAUAACAAAUCUAGCACAGAAAUAGAUGUACUAACUAAAGAAGAAAUUUCUAAUGCUAUGAGUACGAUUAAUGAAGAUGAAAAGGAAAGUAUUAAUAAUACAACUAGUUCAAAUAAUUUACAAUAUGAAUUUGGACAAAAAUUAUUAUCAUCAUCAUCAUCAGCGUCAUCGGAACUUGAUCUUUCAAUAGCUUCACAAUUGUUAAAUGAUACUAGUUCAUUAUCACUAACUUCUUUAGGUAAUCAACAAAAAUUAGUAACAGAUGAUGAUGAAAAUAUACCAUUAACACCAAUACAAAUAACAAGUGAUAAUGAAUCGGUGCUUUAUUUACGUUUAUCCGAUGAAUUAAAUAUCGCUGAAGCAACAUUUGAUAGUGAUCUAGAUCGAUGA